CCUCACCUCUCUUCACACAGCCACACAAAGCCGCCAUUGUUAACAACCUUCACCAUUUCUCUUUCUCAUUUUUCUCGAAUACCCUUUUCUUCAUUCUUCUCAAAUGGCUCUUUCUUGUUCCAAAGUUUCAAUUUUUUCACUCUCACCUAUCAUGGGUCAUGGUGCCAAAAACCUCACUUUUUCUUCAUCUUCUUUCAAUCUUUCUAAAGAAGGUGAUAGAAAGAAAGAUUUGAAGAUGUUUGCUGCUUCUGCAAAUGCACCAACAACACUCACUGGUGUUAUCUUUGAACCCUUUGAAGAAGUCAAGAAAGAUAUUCUUGCUGUUCCUAUUGCUCAUAAUGUUUCUUUGGCUCGUCAGAAUUUUCAAGAUGAAUCUGAAUCUGCUAUCAAUGAACAGAUUAAUGUGGAAUACAAUGUUUCCUAUGUGUACCACUCUUUGUUUGCAUACUUUGACAGAGACAACGUAGCUCUCAAGGGACUUGCCAAGUUCUUUAAGGAAUCUAGUGAAGAAGAAAGAGAGCAUGCUGAAAAGCUUAUCAAAUAUCAGAAUAUUCGUGGUGGAAGAGUGGUGCUGUACCCUAUUGUGAGUCCUCCCUCAGAAUUUGAUCAUGUGGAAAAGGGAGAUGCAUUGUAUGCUAUGGAAUUAGCACUGUCUUUGGAGAAGUUAGUGAAUGAGAAACUUCUGAAUCUUCACAGUGUGGCUGAUCGUAACAAUGAUCCUCAAUUGGCCGACUUCAUUGAGAGCGAGUUUUUGGAUGAGCAGGUUCAAUCGAUUAAGAAGAUAUCAGAGUAUGUGACACAACUGAGAUUAGUCGGAAAGGGUCACGGUGUGUGGCACUUUGAUCAAAGUCUCCUCCAUUGAUUAAGACUAUGAAGAAGUUACAUGUUGUUUUUACAUUGGAAUAGUAAUAAAUGUGUCUCCUUGGUGAUUUUAGAAUUGUAGAAGCUGUGUGUAAUAUUUUAGCUGCUAGUAAGUAACAAGUAUGUGUAGAACAAGACAUGGUGCCAUUAUCAUCACAGUUUGUAGCUUGCAACAAUUUUAUUGUUUAGAAUAUGAAAAUGACUGUUGGCUGUUAGUAGUUUCAA